AUGGGCCAUAAGCCCAACACUGAAACUCCGGCUUCUGCUCUUCACCUGAGUCUCCUUCAAGGCUUCAACAAAUCACCGGCAGGUGAGUCUCCCAGUCCCAGCAUUUCCCGGCGCGCAAGCAUUUCUUCCGAUUCUUUGGUAUAUAGCUACAAAAGGAGCUUCAAUGGCUUUGCUGCCAGGUUGACUGAUGCCGAGAAAGAUAAACUCUCCGGAUAUGAAGGGAUAGUGUCAGUUUUCCGUAAUCGGAUUAGAAAUCUCCACACGACCAGAUCAUGGGACUUCCUGGGUUUCCCCCAGAAUGUCGAAAGAGCAACUGUGGAGAGCGACAUCAUCAUCGGGAUGCUCAACACCGGAGUUUGGCCCGAGUCGCAGAGCUUCGACGAUUCUGGCUAUGGCCCACCUCCACAGAAAUGGAAAGGUGUCUGCCAAAGCCUUUCCAAUUUCACCUGCAACAACAAGAUCAUUGGAGCCAAAUUCUACCAUGGUGGACGCAAUUUCAGUGAAGGUGAAGUUCCCUCUCCAAGGGAUUCUCAGGGUCAUGGAAGUCACACUGCGUCCACAGCAGCAGGGAAUAUAGUAACUCCAGCUAGUCUCCUUGGCCUUGCUUCCGGGACUGCCCGGGGUGGGGUUCCCUCCGCCCGAAUUGCUGUGUACAAGAUUUGCUGGGGAGAUGGCUGUUGGGAUGCAGACAUUUUAGCAGCAUUCGAUGAUGCCAUUGCUGAUGGAGUCGACAUAAUCUCCCUCUCGGUUGGUGAAAGUUCACCACGAGAUUAUUUUGAAGACCCUAUAGCUAUUGGGGCUUUCCAUUCCAUGAAGAAUGGAAUUCUCACGUCCAAUUGGACCAAUUUAGCUGGUAAUGAAGGCCCUGCUCCUGGAUCGGUCUCGAAUUGCUCUCCUUGGUCGCUCUCUGUGGCUGCUAGCACCAUUGACAGAAAGUUCACAACCGGGGUCAGGUUGGGUAAUGGAAAAACUUAUCAGGGGAUCUCUUUAAACACAUACGCGGCCAGUAAGUCAUACCCUCUUGUCUAUGCUGGAGAUGCAACGAAUAAAACUUCAGGACACAAUGCAUUUGGAUCAAGGUACUGCAUUCCAAAUAGUUUGGAUAGGAAUUUGGUGCAAGGGAAAAUUGUGCAUUGCGAUGAUGUUAGUGGAGGGCAGGAACCACUUGAAGCGGGUGCGACUGGGGCCAUAAUGACUACUUCGUAUACCGAAGAUGAUGCAUAUCCCUUACUUUUACCUGUUUCCAUCUUGACUGAUGCUGAAGGAGCUACCAUUGUGGAGUAUAUAAACUCAACUAGUGAUCCAACUGCUGAAAUAUUCACCACACGUGACUUUGUGGAUAAUUCAUCAGCAUAUGUGAUCUACUUUUCUUCAAGAGGGCCAAACCCAAUAACAAGAGACAUCCUCAAGCCGGACCUUACAGCACCUGGAGUUGAUAUCCUGGCAGCAUGGUCGCAAGCUACAACCGUGACAGCAGCUUACGUUAAGUCAUUCCACCCUACGUGGUACCCAGCAGCCAUUAAGUCUGCUCUAAUGACGACAGCUCAUCCCUUAAGUGUUCCGGACUUACCUGAUGCUGAGUUUGGAUACGGAUCAGGCCAAAUUCAUCCUUCGAGGGCCGUGGAUCCUGGGCUAGUAUAUGACGCUGGUGAGAUUGACUAUGUUCAGAUGUUGUGUGGCCAAGGAUACAACAUUACACAGCUGCGACUCGUUACUGGAGAUCAGAGCUCAUGUAGUUCUGCAGCAACUAAUAGAACCGCAGUGUGGGAUCUAAACUACCCUUCCUUUGCGCUGUCAUCAGAGAAGCUCAAGGCUAGUGUUACUCGGGUGUUCCACAGAACUGUCUCGAAUGUUGGGUCUGCGAUGUCUACCUACACGGCUCUAGUGAAUGGUCCAGUAGGCUUUGAUACAAUUAGAAUUGAACCAAAUGUGCUCAAGUUCAAGAACAUUGGCGAGAAGCAGUCCUUCGUUGUAACUGUGACAGCCCUGCUGGGAAGAACCAUGCUGUCUGGUUCUUUGGUUUGGAGUGAUGGGAUUCAUUCCGUGAGGAAUCCUAUUGUUGCAUUUGUGCCAUCUCAAGAACGUCAUUGA